AUGGAUGAAGAGGUUGUACCGGAAACACCUUUGGGAUUCAGUUCACCAUCCACAACAUCUACACCAAACACAACUAUUGAUAUUCCACCUGAAGAUUUGGUAACCAAGUCAUUUACUGAGGAGGUUCCAACUUCAGGCAUCCUUGCACACGUAUCUAAUACGGAUGCAAAUGUCCUCAUGGGUGACGUUGUAUCGAAUCCUGUUGCUUUUCAAGGGGGUUUUGGAGGAACAUUUGCAAACUUAGAAUUUGGUCACGAGGAAGAAAGUAUUCCGGAUCAUAUGCUAACGUUUGGAAAACAGUUUAAAAUACUCGACAGAAAACUCAAUUCAAUUCUUCAAUCACAAGUUGAUGUUAGGAGUAAGCAUUCAGUAUCUGGAAUUGAAGUUGACGUGAUGCUUAAAGCUUAG